UACGAUAGUUUAAUUAUAGCUGCACGGCUUGUACAGACCUAGGCUCUCCCAAAAUAAUGAUUGGAUCAGCGUAGCAUGCCUCCUCGUCCUCUGCUCUCUCUUUCUCUCUCUCUCUCUCUCUCUCUCUCUCUCUCUCUCUUUCUAUCUCGUCGUUUCUCUUCCCUUGGGACACUUGUGUUGCAGUGCCUCUGGAAGUAUACCUGUGAACAGCUGUCGUUUCGCUAAGAGUUCACGACACGGGUAACUUCCGUCGAUGCUCGUUCAACUUCCACGCUCGAUCCUCUCGCGCUGGUGCUAAUAAAAGGAAAUUACGCCUAACUCGGUUUGCGUUAAUCGUCGCCCCGUAUUGCGACAUAAACACAUUUUCCACGAAUAUGUUUGAUACACAGUCUUGAAUGCACAGUUUUCAUUCGCACCGAAUGAAUCGAUCGAGAAACUGAUUCCUCUUCGCGCGAUCGUCUCGUCUUCUUCUAGAUGGCUACUGUUCAAUGUACAAACCACUAAUAGGCAUGGAGCAAUUCCAUGGUUUGAGCGAUGGAAAUAUAAAUAUAAGCGAUGUCAUUGAAGUCAUCCAAACUACCGAUCCUGGAUUUGUGGAGUCUAGUGGAAGGGAGGAUCAACAGCCAGUGGAGAUGAAUACCGACAGGCUAUUGCCAUACGUUGAAAUAAUCGAACAGCCAGCUAGCAAAGCUUUACGUUUUCGCUAUGAGUGUGAAGGCAGAUCUGCUGGUAGUAUACCUGGUGUAAAUAGUACACCGGAAAACAAAACAUUUCCUAGCAUAAGAAUAGUGGGGUACAAAGGCCGUGCUGUAGUUGUAGUGUCGUGCGUGACAAAAGAUCAACCGCACAGACCUCAUCCUCACAACCUUGUUGGGAAGGAAGCUUGUAAACGUGGUGUUUGUACAGUAGAAGUUUCAUCAGAAAAUAUGACAGUCACGUUUGCCAAUCUUGGUAUCCAAUGUGUGAAGAAAAAGGACAUUGAGGAGGCACUUAGAAUACGAGAAGAAAUUCGUGUAGAUCCUUUUCGAACUGGCUUCGAACAUAAGAGACAGCCCACUAGCAUUGAUUUAAAUGCAGUGAGAUUAUGUUUUCAAGUUUUUCUACAAGGAUCGCAGAAAGCAAAAUUCAAUGUACCGCUACCGCCAGUCGUGUCCGAUCCUAUAUUUGAUAAAAAGGCAAUGUCGGAUCUUGUGAUAUGCAAGCUCAGUCACUGCAGCGCCUCGGUCGCUGGUGGUAUGGAAAUGAUUUUAUUGUGCGAGAAAGUUGCGAAGGAAGAUAUACAAGUACGAUUUUUCGAGGAGAAGGACGGCCAAGUGAUUUGGGAGGGAUUUGGUGAUUUUCAGCCUACUCAUGUACAUAAACAAACAGCAAUCGCGUUCAGAACACCUACCUACCGUAUUCAACAAGUAGAGCAGCCGGUACAAGUCUUCAUUCAGCUUAGAAGACCAUCGGAUGGCGUAGCGAGCGAACCGCUACCGUUUGAGAUGUUACCACUUGGCGCAGGUAGGCCUGCUUUCUGGUCAUUGCGGAGAGCAUUUGCCAGGAAAAAAACAGAUUACAGCACGUUCGGUAAAAUUUUAGCCACCGAAUCGGCAUUGCUAUCGAACAUUGCACCAAAAUUUCCACGUAAUAUCGAUGAGUUUAACAACAACAAUAAUAAUAAUUUUGAUAUAAAACAGUCUAACAAUAAAAUUUCCGCAUUGCGCGCUUUAAAUGACUUAUACAACGUGAGAAAUACAUUAGACUCGUGCAACGGGAGUACCGAAAUCAAUCGAAAUACCGCGCAAAGUGCAGAUCACUUAAAGAACACUAUAAUAGAUUACGAGAAUAACGAAGUACCGAUCCAUACGGGAAAAUGCACGGAAGACGAACAAAUGAAUAGAAUAUACAAAGUCGACGGUAACCCUGUAGACAAAGAAACAGUCAGCAUUAAUUCAGGAACUUUAACUCACGCUAAAUCCGAUACUGUCGCUAUUAAUGCAAACGUAUUAAAAAACUCGCAACUUCCUAAAAAUAAGUCCGACUGGUUCGAUUACUCCGAAGUAGGUAAAUGGGUACAAAAAGGUCAGUUGUGUCUCAAAGAGAAAAACAACGAGGCAGACUUUAAAACCGAGACGGAGGAUUGCAAUAAGUCGUUCAAUGAAUUGUUGACCCAAGUAGCCGAACUGGAUCAGAUUUAUGCCGAUACACACGCAAAGUUAGUGCAGGCGACCUUUGAGCAGAGUCCGACCGAUCAGCCAAUGGAUAUCGACGUUUGCGAUAAUCAGACUUACACUAGUCUGCAAAUGGCUAUGAAAAAUCCUGUAGAGUUUAUAGACGUACCGAUCGAGAGAAAAUACGAAGAUGUGUCUAUACCGAAAAUAGAUCUGCAUCGUUCUUGUCCUUCGCCACCGGUAACUACCAAGAGAGAUGGAACGCAAGAAACGGAGGAGAGAUUGCCGCCAUUGCCUCCUAAACGUAUCCGAAAAAUGCCUUCCAUGCCUCUUCUACCUCGUCCCAUAUCCUCCCAGACAUCACCCGAGUCGUUUAUCGAAGCACCAAACAAAAAUUUACCUUCCUUACCCGGUACACUGCCCAAGAGCUCGAAGCAAGGACUAUUUUCGAAAUUAUUCGCUAAGAAAAUAAAGAAAGACAAAGACUCUAUCUCGAACGCGUCCAAAGACAGCAACACUUUGCUGAACACACCAGGAAAUAUUUCAUAUUUAACCAGGAACAAUAUGCCGGAUGCAUCGUUGUUGCAAAAUCCAAGGACUAGCGCUACAAGUACCACUAGCGUUAAGUCCCUUAGAUUAGAAGGUGACGAGACACCACCUUACGGAAUGGAGUUAACAGAGGCUGAACAUUAUGCACUGUACACUGCAAUGGCGCCACAUGCAACGGCAUCCGAAUUUGACGAAAUGUCUUUCUACUAUAGCCCCGUAGAAGGCGGAAAGAUAUUCUCAGAAAAGAAGGAAACAUAAUUUGCUUUUCGUAUUUAGAACGUUUGAUAGAGUACUUCCACUUUAAAGUGCCAUCUUUCAUUUUUUAAACCAAUAUCGUAAUGGCAUGUUGACAUAUUUUAAAGGUGGUAAAUAUUUUGUGAUCCAUCGAAUCUGUUACUUUGGUGUUUGCGAUUUUCUGCAACUCGAAUUCUCGCAGUUUUUGUACACACGCUACUCCGCGGUGUAUUUGUGUUAUGUAUUAAAAAUUGUUGAUAAGAAACUUUGAGAACACAUCAUACUUGCCAUAUAAAUGACAAGGUAUCGUCGCGCCACCUUGAUCAAAACUAACACUAUUCUAGUCGAGGUACAAAUUGUUAUUCUUUUUCCAUAGUCUUUCAUACGCAUCAUAAACGAUCGCUGAUGACACAAACUCAGCCGAAACUUGUUGUUUAUUAUCGAAGGAGUUAGUGUCCCUUCUAGUCAAAUUUUACAGUGUUUACACUUAUCUUCUUAUACAUAUAUUGCUUUUUACUAUUUAUAACAUGUUGUUAAGUUUGUAUGGUGUCUCAAGUUUAUACGCAUCACUACGUUUUCUAGUCCUAGAUUAGGCAUUUAAUUUAUAGUUGGAAGAGAGAUCGUUUUAUUUGUUUGUAACGAAUAGGUAUUUUAAGCCAAAGGUGUCAUUUGCGCGGGCACGAUAUUUAAACAGUGAGAACGAGAUUCUCAAGAUCUGUGAAGCCAUUUUGUCUUCAGAACAACUAACGUAACAUUUAUAAAUCGCAUGGUUUAAUGUGCAAUCAUUUAUAGAUGAUCCUGAUUCGUUAAGGCGAAAGCGACAAAAGUUUAAUAACAGUCCAAAUACGCUAGUAUUGAGGCAUGUACAGGCAGAAGCUGAAAAGCGUGAGUAUUUUUUCUGAAAUUGUCCUCAACUCUACAGCUUUGCCGGGGAUGGGGUUUCAAUGGCGUCAAUGGCCAUCGUUGCACUAUAUAAAUUGAUCAAAAACUCCAUUGUGCUACAUUAUGUCGAAUUGCUGACUCUACUUUUCUCUACCAUAACUAAUUUUCAUGUUGACGUUUUGCUACAUACUUUAUACAAAAAGAAGAGUGAAUAGCAAAGCUGUCUCGGCGAUGCCGGCAACGACUACCAUUUUGUGCAUUUUUUAAUAGGAGCCUGUUACGCUCCAUUUGUUGUAAUGAUUGUUCUAACGGAUAUAGAGAAUUUGUUGUAAGUUCCGGAGGUUUGGAAUAUAUCUUGUACAUUUGGAAAAUGUUUACGGUAUUUUUAUGAAACGCAAGUUUACAUUUGUCAAAAUAUCAAUGUUUCAGCGUUCUUAAAUUACAUCAUGUACUAACCACAGAAUUAAUCCAAUCUCCUUCACGCAUUGGGAAUUGCUCAGUUUUAAUGCUCUCUACAUAUAUUGCUGAAUAUCUCGUGCGUUGAAUCGCAUCGAACAGUGCCUAAUUGUCUGUACAAACGACACGGAACAAUCGUUUGGGGAUUCCCACUGUGCAAAGGAAGAUAUCUUUUUCACGGAUUAGAAUUUCUCAUUAUAUUAAGAAAUACUAUAUACAUAUAUAUUUUCACACACUGACGAGGAAUCUUAUUUUAUACUUUUUUAAGAACGUAUUUUGUAUAAACAUUUGAAAUUUGUACUUGAAUGUUUGGAGAGCAGUGGCCUUGUACAUUUUAAAAAGAAAACUGUAUUUUUGUAAUUAUUAUCGGUAAUUACGUAGAAUCGAUGAUAUUUUUAUAUCGAUUGACACGAUAAAUUCAGCGUACUAUAAAAAAUAUGGCUGUAUAGCGUAAGUUUUAAUAGUAUACAAGUACUCUGCUCUCGUUACGACAGUGUUGUAUUUAAAAACUCAGCAAUAUACUACUACAGGAACGGAAACAAUGUGCAAUAUUUGUAUGGGUAAUACAAAUUUUUAUAAGCUAAUUCUUUUAAAGAGGAAAAGCUAUAUCUAUAUAUUGUAUGACUUACAUAUGCAUAAUAUAUCUAUCUAUAUACAUGUACAAUUACUUGAUGAUUAAAAUAUCGUGUUUUUUUAUUCCGCUCCCAAUCAAUUUCAGAUUGAAAGAAUAAUGUAUAAUGAGACUCGCAGGUACGACAUGACAACAUUAGUUUAGUUUGCUGAUUUUUUCUAAUCAUGUUGACUGUAUUUUUUAUUACAAUACGAAGUACGAUUUUUUUUUUUCUUUUCGAGUGACCUUUGGAGUGAAAAUAUAUAAAAUUGCAUGCAUCAUCUUCAUAACUAAUUCUCUGUUGCUUUGACACGUUGCAUUUGUUGGCUAAUAUUUGUUUCUCUGUGUAAUCUUUGUACGUUGUUCCUUUCUAAUGUAGCGUGCAUGGAAACCUAACAUUGUUUUAUAGAAUAUCGUUGUCACAUUGUAAAGAAACAAUGUCCAAGACUGAACAAGAUGUCGAGCUUGUCGAUGAGACUAUU